UCUAACUCCAAAACCCUCAAGAGCAUCAUCAUCAGGUAAACCCUGAAAUCCCCAUUUCUUCCAAAACCAUCCAAAGCGUUUCCUCUGAUUGCGUUCGUCGCACAAUCCACAAAGGUGGAUAAAGUUUGUAUCUAUACAUUUGCUUAAUGGCUUUUGAUCUAAAGCUCAAGAAAAGGCUGAAGCUUUCACCUCUCAAAUCUAAUUCUUCUUAUAAAGGAAGCAGUAGAUCUACUACUCGCCCAAGUGAUGACGACACAAACCCUCGGAAUAGUAGUAGAACUAAGGUCUCGUACGCGAAGAAGAAGAGGGUUUACGCCGCUAAGGCUGCUGAGCUCACUGAGCGUAGCCAUGUGAAGGAAGUUCCACGCACGAUGUGGGCUGCUUCGAAGACAAAGCAACGGUCCACUUCUAGUUUCAAGACUACUAAUGAUGAUACUGCAAAAGCGGCAAGAGGGAUGUUGAAAACAAAGCCACCGAGGGGAGAUGAGGAUGAUAAGCAUGCUUCUCGAAAGCAAAGCUACAAGAAGAGAGAUGAUUUGGUUAAAAAUGGGGAUGCGAGCCGGAGGAGGAAAAGCUCUGAUGUGCCUUCUUAUAAGGCUAAAAGGAAGGCGUUUGCAGAGAGGAAAGUGGUUGACGAGGGUUUGGAUGGUCAGGAGGAUCAACCAAGGAAGAGAAAGAGGAUACGUCUUGAUCCUUACGAUACCUCGAACAAAAGAAUAGAUGAUGAUGAUGAUGGUGUCGUUCUUGAUGUAAGCCGUAAAGAAAAGAAGAAGAACGAUGGAGAGAAGAGUGUAGAAAUGUCUAAAAAUGCACAGUUUCGUGCAAUUCAGCCUAGUCAGUCGAUCCUUUCCUAUGUGGAAGGAAAUCUGUUGGGGCGUAGACGCUUGACUGAGCUGAAGAAGGCUGGCUACAACACAGAGCUUCCUGCUCCGUUAGAUAAUAUACCUCAGUCCACCAGCACUGAGAGAGAGCGAAUAGAAGAAAGUCUAUUUAGGAACAAAUUGGAGUUCUUUGCUGCGGCAAAUGUUUCAUCGUCAUUUCCACCUCCUGAUGUACCUGAGAUUGCAUUUGCAGGAAGGUCAAACGUUGGCAAGUCUUCGCUGCUAAAUGCUCUUACCAGACAGUGGGGUGUCGUAAGGACAUCUGACAAACCAGGACUGACUCAGACCAUCAAUUUUUUCGACCUGGGUCCGAAGGUUCGCCUUGUUGAUUUACCAGGAUACGGCUUUGCGUAUGCAAAAGAUGAAGUUAAGGAAGCUUGGGAAGAUCUUGUAAAGGAAUAUGUGUCAACGAGAAGUAGUCUUAAAAGGGUAUGCCUUCUUGUUGACACCAAGUGGGGCAUGAAGCCAAGAGACCAGGAACUUAUUAAUCUGAUGGAGAGAUCGAAUACGAAGUAUCAAAUAGUGUUAACCAAGACAGAUGUGGUUUUUCCAAUGGAUGUGGCACGUCGAGCAAUGCAAAUCGAAGAGAAGUUGAAGGCAAACAGAUCAAUUGUCCAGCCUCUGAUGAUGGUGAGCUCAAGAUCAGGAGCUGGCAUAGGAAGUUUAAGAACUGCCCUUGCUAAAAUUGCAAAGUUUGCAAAGUUCUAGGUUCCCCCGAGCAAGAAAACUAUCCCCAAAUCAAGGGAAAGAAGAAUAAUUUUGAUGGGAGAAAAGUGAGGAAGUCGAAAUGGUAGGGAUAAGAGGAAGAAUGGUUAAUGGUUGUGAUGAAGAUCCAACUCAAGUUAGUGAAAAAAUGUCAACAAAUCACUUUGGUUUUUUUAAUCUAUUUGUUUACUGUCCUACUUGUAAUGUCAAAUGCAUUAUCACUAAGUGAGCAUAAACGUGGUGUUUCACGUUCUUACA